AUGGAUGCUCCCGGUGCAGCCAACCGUAACCCUCGGAAGGCGAAGCGCACCGAAGCGCACGAUCCUACCACGACGCCUCGAUCUACACGAUCGGCACCGAACGGAUCCCGCGCACCGAGACCAAACGUGAAGACGCAGCAAAUAAUACAACGAGUCUUCAACGGAACUGGUGGUAGCCUCUCUUCCCGCAUCGCUACCGGAAUGUCUGCGGGGGCUAAAGCCUUUAAAGGCACCCGCCAAGUCAACGCGCCGAAUACGAUGACACUCCAAGUUCAGGGUCUCAAAUCCAGCAAGGCGGCCGGUAACGAAGGAGGCGGCCUCAAAGAGUUGCUGACCUUCUUGGAACGAAAAGCCCAGGCCGUCUCGAAGACUACACGAAACAUAAGGAUCAAGAAGUCACACAUCAAUGGUGACUUUGUAUAUAUCAUCACAAGCAAAGAAGACGGGGAAGAAAUUCUUAAGCUGAAUGGAUUCGCAUUUGCCGGUACAACUCUUACCAUCACAGAAGCGCCGGGCGAAUUGCCCCCGGCUAGCCAGAAUAACAUGUCCUCGACCGCUCUUGAGGUGAAAGAUGCGCUUCUUAACGUCCUUAGCCUCCGAUACGACGGUAGCGCGAAGCUGCUAAAUCUAUCUGCCCUCGGCGAAGAUGCCGGGCUCAACCAGAUGGGUUUCUUCAGUGGCGGGAGCAAACCCGAGAAGCUGUUUCGCGCACUAAUGGCUGUUUGUGAUGGGUUAUUUAAGACGGCCCAGGAUAAACGAGACGCUGUCGUUAGCGUCAGCCUCGCAGGCAACAACAUCGAUGAUGUCUUUCAGAUCAUGUCGUUGACUGAAACCUUCCCUGACUUAGUCAACUUGGACUUGAGCCGAAACCACUUCAAGGAUUUAAAGGGUCUUCAAAAGUGGCGAUACCGCCUUAGGAAGCUCGAAACUCUCCUCCUGAAUGACAACACCAUCGAGGCGGCAAAUCCCAACUACGCAGCAGAGCUAACGAACUGGUUUCCUCGACUGCAAAACCUCAGCGGCAUCCAAGUUAGGACCCCGGAACAAGUCGCCGCGAUGGAAGCCGCAUCUCGGCCUACCCCCAUCCCGCAGCACGGUGCCGACUUUCGGGAUAUCAAUGGCAUUGGCGAAGCUUUCAUUAGGGAGUUCAUGUCAAUGUACGAUGUUGAUCGACAUAAUCUGGCGGCUAAGUACUACGACAGCGAGAGUACCUUUUCUAUCGCUGUUAUCAACAGUUCUCCACACCCACAGAACAUUCAGACACCCGGUUGGGGCGGAUAUAUCAAAUUCUCCCGUAAUCACAACAAGAUCACCCAUACCUCUACUAGAAUACAGCGUUUAUUCGUCGGAACACAUCUUAUCCAAAGCGCAUGGCAGCAGCUACCUCCUACGCGGCACCCUGAUCUACUGGCUGAAUUUAACAAGUACAUUGUCGAUUGCCAUCCUGUCCACGGUCUCCCCGAUCCAGCUGGUCAAAGCCCGGUUGGUGUAGAUGGAAUGAUCAUCACCAUACAUGGAGAAUUCGAGGAUCAAGAGCCUGGUACUAUGAAGACGGCCAAGCGAAGCUUCUCUCGCAAUUUCGUUCUAGGCCCUGGUGCUCCGGGUAGAAAUCCUAUCCGCGUCAUCAGCGACAUGCUUUCCGUCCGAGCCUUCAAUCCGCCGCCAGGUUCAACGCCGGAACUGACGGCCCAACCGCCGAACGCAGACUUGCAGCAACAAAUGGUAAUUGAGCUUUGCAAAAGAACGGGUAUGACUCCGGAAUACUCGAAGUUCUGUUUGGACGGGGCCAACUGGAACUUUGAUCAAGCCCUCCUUAUGUUCAACGAAAAAAGAGCGCAAUUACCAGCCAACGCCUUCGUUACGACGUCUCAAUAG